GGUCAUUGGUUGAAUUGAACCCUGAUUGAACCUUACAGUCUAUGGAUUGAACCGCAUAUUCAUGACGCUGUCUAGCCAUCUUUUGUGCAGUAGUAUCCCGUGGCCUUUUUUUCACGGCAACAUUAUCAACAUACAGCGACAGAGGGAACCGACAUGUAUGCAUUUUGAAGGAACAUUCAGUCCUUUGAAGUUUUAUGAAGGACAAAGACAGGCGCUAACAACCCUGAUGUGUUAGGUUAACUUCUCUCCUCUCCUCCUGGUUAUCUCUGCUCCGUCCGGUGCUGCUAUGGACGGCUCUCUGCUACUCCUGCUCACCGUCGUGCUGUCGGCCUGGGCUGCUGUCGGAGAUCCGACCGGACCAGUACAUGUGGACGGAGCUCCACCUUCCAAAAUAGCGGUGGUUGGGGCGGGAAUAGGAGGCAGUGCCACGACACAUUUCCUGCGGCAGCACUUUGGCCCUGAGGUCCAGGUGGACGUGUUUGAGAAGGGGGAGGUUGGAGGCCGUCUUGCAACUGUAACGGUCAAUCACAAUGACUAUGAGUCGGGGGGCUCCAUCAUCCAUUCCCUCAACCUUCACAUGCAGGACUUUGUCAAACAGCUAGGCUUGAAGUACCGUCGCAGUGUGGCAGGUAAGACGGCAGUGUUUAACGGCGAGGAGGUGAUUCUGGAGGAGACAGACUGGUACCUGUUGGACCUCUUCCGGCUUUGGUGGCGCUAUGGCAUCAGCUUCAUACGCCUGCAGAUGUGGGUGGAGGAAAUUAUGGAGAAAUUCAUGAGGAUCUAUAAGUACCAGGCUCAUGGAUAUGCGUUCAGCACGGUGGAGGAGUUGCUGGACUCUCUCGGAGGGAGCGGUUUCAUAAACAUGACUCAGAGGCCGCUCUCUGAUUCCCUGCUGGAGCUGGGUGUGUCGCAGCGCUUCAUCGAUGAGGUCAUCGCGCCCGUCAUGAGGGUCAACUAUGGUCAGAACGUCAGCAUCCCGGCCUUUGUAGGCGCUGUGUCUUUAGCUGGUGCCCAGAACAACCUGUGGGCGGUGGAAGGAGGCAACAAGCUGGUGUGUUCAGGCCUCCUGAAGAUGGCCAACGCUAACCUGCUGCAAGCACAAGUCACCUCUAUCUCCCCGCUCUACUCAGAGUUUUCUACAGAGUUGCCUCAGUACGAGCUGAACUUCAGCACAGCAGCAGGGACCAGUUCAGAGCUGUAUGACAUUGUGGUGUUGGCGACACCGCUCCAGGCCAGUGUCAGGUCAGGAGUCCUCUUCCAAGGUUUCAACCCUCCCUUUGACGAACUCCCUGGAAACUAUCACGGCACCGUAGCAACUAUUGUCCAUGGUUACCUCAACACCUCCUUCUUUGGUUUCCCGGACCCCCGCCUGUUCCCUUUCGCCAGCAUUUUGACAACUGAGACGCCUGAUCUGUUUUUCAACAGCGUGGCCAGCGUUUGUCCCGUCAACAUCUCGACAGGCUUCAGACGUAAACAGCCGCAAGAGGCCGGAGUCUAUAAAGUUUUUUCACCUCAACCUCUGGAGAAGAGUCAGCUCAAAGCACUGUUCAGGUCCUACUACUCAGUGCAGGUGACAGAAUGGCAGGCCUACCCUUGUUACGGCAGCAGCGAGGGCCUGCCGCCCGUGGAGCUCCACCCAAAUCUCUACUACCUCAGCGGCAUCGAGUUAGCCGGCAGCGCCAUGGAGAUGAGCGCUGUGGCGGCCAAGAACAUUGCUCUGCUGGCCUAUCAUCGCUGGAACAGACAGACAGACAUGGUGGACCAGAAAGAUCUGAUGCACAGGAUCAAAACUGAACUAUGACCUGGUCAGCUUACAGCUGAAACCUAGAAGUGUACAUGCUGUGAAGCAGAAAAGAAGGGGUCAGGGUAAUUGUCGCUCUUUUAGUGUCACAAAGCUGUGAACUGCACAAAAAGUUAGCUCUUAGCUCUGCAAUUUGAUCAGUAAAAUAUUUGUAAUAGGAUACUACAAUGUGACCGGUUUGGUUUGGGGCUUUUUUGUGCCUUUAAUUAGAGAUAGGAGAGUGGAUAGAGUCAGAAAUCGGGGAGAGAGAGGGGACUGAUAUGCGGGACUACAGACUACGUACAGUGGGUACGGAAAGUAUUCAGACCCCUUUACAUUUUUCACUCUUUGUUUCAUUGCAGCCAUUUGCUAAAA